AUGGAUUCGUCAAAUUGGAGAACCUCGCUUGACUUACGUGCUCGCGAACAUGCUUUCAGAGGCCUUGCGUCCUGCGAAUCGCUUGGGCCACUCAAGAACAGUCCCCAAUCAGACGAGACAGUGUCCAUCACCCCUGCCCCUACACCCGGCCGAUGUAGUGUUUCAGGGGCUAAGAUAAGUCCGUUACCCCAUGCCGAUGUUGGACCAAGGUCGUCAUGUGGACCUCUUGCUCAACCUAUCCAACUGGUGGAUACAUCCAUAAGUGGGCUUUUGCGCCCAUCUGUUCCGCCUUCCCCUGAAUCCAAUGCAAGCGUGGCGCGUCAAUUGCAACUUGCGACCAGGACGGCGGACCUCUUGUCCGGUGAAAUAGAUGGCAACAUUACAUUCGACAGCCCACUCAUCCCGCGUCUUUCUCCGCAUUUAAACGUUUCCCAGACCAAUAGCUCUAUGGUAGUUCAUUGCGACCAAAGCUCCCUCGCACCUCCAUGUGUUAGCAUGGCUCAGACUCAAUCUGGACGUUCAGCUCUCCGAGAGGCUGGUAUUGCUCAUGGAAGUCCUAGGGCAUUGGCACCAUCGCUUCCUGUCGAGAAUGUCUCUACUCGCUCGGGCAGCAUCGCUUUCUGCGCGCUCUUCAGCAAGCAGCCAGAAAUCUCAACGCUCAGCGCGGAUACAACAUACUCCUUUGGACAGCCCGAAACCUCAAAUAGCGGGUCAUCGGCAACGCCCAAACGAUCGCGCUGGGCGCUGCUUCAACGCUUUGUUGCCAAACCAAGUACCGCCGCCAAGGCAUCUGGAGCGGACACCACGCGUCGACCUCGUAAUCAACUUAAACAGCGCAACAUCGAUCACACACGAAGACAUACGUUUUUGACUGUUAACUCCUCCGCAGUAUCAUUUUUUGGUGAUCCACUUGCGCGCAUCGACCCGUUCGCUCGUUCUGAUGGACUGGGAGCAACAGUCUCUCCAAUAGAACCCGAUUCGAUUGUCCCCCCAAGCAAUAAUGCUUAUGCCACUGAGAGUCAUGCUGCGCAUAUAACUGGGUUUCAUGAUCGAAAAUGCUUAUACAAAUCCGGGAACGAUGAUAUCGAUGAAAUAGGACCUGAUAGCUCGAUUUUCCUUACUCCCGACAUGGCGCGCUGUGGCUGGGGCGUUCAAAAUUCUCUGGCAUUGCCGCCCAAUCCCCUGGCCAACGCUAAACCCGUAGGACCCGGUGCGGGGCUCUCCGAUCGCCAUCCAAUUGUGAAACGUAUAGGUCGGAGGCAUUCAGCGCCUAUGUUGAACGCAUUUUCUUGA